AUGAAGUAUAUCAAGGGAACUAUGGGGUUGAAAGUAAUGCGCUGCUACUUGCUUCCGCAGUGGACGCGGCGCAUGGCACACCUUUUAAUUGUUGUAGUCAUGGGGGUGAUGGCGUCUAGGUGCGCUGCAAUCUUCCCAUUCAAUUUGGAUGCAGUUGACGUGGUGGUGACAAACGUCAGGGACCAUCUCGAUGAAACGAUCGACCCCUACCUAGUACCCGCCGAACACAACACCUAUGGGAAGAGCCCUUAUGGAUAUGUUCCCCAGAAGUAUGUGAAUGAACCAAUCUGCCCAUUGUACAUAAAGCCUGUGUGGGAAGAAGCAGUGGUGCAACAGGUUGUCCAUUCUCUGGUGACAGUAUGGGAGAAUUUACAGAAAACCACAUUUGUCCAUGUGACUGAAACUUUGAAAUAUCCUGUAACAGUAAUAAAUCGGUCUACUGUCACAAUACCUGCGCCGCCCAUUUACAAGACGGAAACCAUUAUUGUGCCGGAGGAGAAAACGGUAAUGUCUGCGAGGAUUGACACUGUUGCAUACACCAUAACUCAGACAAACCUCGAGGUUAUAACAUAUACACUAACAAAUACAAUCACUACAACGACAUUUGAAGCAGAAUGGAUUACACUAACUGAGUACGAGACCUCUUGGGAAACGGUGAAUGUGCCCGUGACGAGUAUCACCACCAUCUGGACACAAGAGGUCGGUUAG